CUUAAUAAAUUUUCUUGUUCAGUUGUUUAAAAAAAUAAAGCCGGUCAACCGCUAAUUUUAUUUAUUAAUUGUAUUUUAUCCCAUUAAAUACAUCAAUUAAUUUGUUUUAUUUUACUGAUUGAUAAAACAAUUUUUAAAAAUGGUUAGUAGAACUCGAGUUAGUGCCAAAACUCUUGGUAAUUAUAUCAACAAAAAAGUCACAAUGAUUGGACGAGUAACCAAAAUUAGCACAUCACGUGACUGCAUUGAAAUUGAUACAUCAGAAGAUAUUAAAAUAAAUGUUUCACUUAAUGAGGUAUUUGAAGGUCCUCUUGAUUCAAUAAUUGAAGUUCAUGGUACUGCAAAUUCCAAGACAACAAUUUCUGCUGAUCAUUAUGUUGUUUUUGACAAGGAAGAUAAUGCUGAUUUUGAUCAAGCUGAAUACAAUGAAUUUUUGACCAUUCGUGAUUUCAAACUUGGUCAAAGUGUUAACCUCAGAGAAGCUUUCAGUGACGUCUGAAUUAAAUUUUUAGAUUUAAUUUAUUAUAAAAUGAUUUUUUUAUUAAAAUUGAAUAAUAUUUUUUCCUAUUUAUACCACGAUCAUUCUUUUCAAUUUUUGCUCUAUUCAUAAAAUUCAGAUAAGUAAUUCUCUGUAAAAUGAUGCAUUAAGUAAACAGCAUGUACUUACAUGAUGUAAUUAGACACUAAGUGAAUACUUAAAGUAAAAUCAUUAAAUAAAAUAAUUUUUUUUUUAAUGUAAACAUUUUUAUUUUGAUAAUAAAAACAUUGUUAUAUUUAUAAUUGGAUUCAAUUCAUUAAAAAAAAAAUUCAAGAAUAAAUAAAAAACAACAAAACAUCAACUGCUAUCUAUCGCCUGCUUAGUGUUUUGUUUUUUCUUUUAAUGUAGAUAAGCACCACACUAACGUAAAUAUUAACAUAACGAAAAAGGAUAAAAGUAUCAGUAAAUUAUCCAAUAAAUUAGAUUUUUUAUAAACACAUUUGCUGACUGAAUUAA